AUGCCCCGCAUGGAGGGGCGGCAGGGCGGGGGCUUCUGGGUCGGCGCCAACCUGACGAACGGGCGGCUGGUCUGCGACCUCCUCGUGCAGGCGAAAGGACGACCUCUUGCCGAAGCUCGGCUCCUACGACCUCCCCAUGCUGGCGCGCGCCCAGCUCGGCCUCACCCACCUGCCAGUGGUGGAGCCGGAGGCGCUGCUGCGCCAUUACGAGUCGGCGGAGGCCCUCUGCCAGCUGGCGGAGAGCACCUUCCACUGCGCCCUCUGCGUCGCCCGGCUGGUGCACUCGCUGCAGCUGCUCCCGCUCAGCAAGCAGCUCACGAAUCUCGCUGGAGAAAUCUCUGGAACAUGUCGUUGCAGAACAAGCGUGCCGAGCGCAACGAGAUGCUGCUGUGCCACGAGUUCCACAAGAAGAAGUUCGUCCUGCCAGACAAGGAGAGCAUGCUCACGCGGAAGCGCCGCCUGCAGAUCGAGGGCGGUGGCGCGGCCGGCGCCGGGGGCAUGGACGAGCCCGACGACCCGGAGCAGGCGGGCCUCGCGGGGCGGGGCCGGGGCAUGCCGACGCCCCCGAGCGGCAGCGCUGCCCUUGUCGAGCGGCCGCCGUGCGAGGCCGAAGGGGGGCACUGCAGUAUCAGUGCGGCCCACUGCAGUUCCCUCUCGACGGCCGAGCUCCGCCCCCAGCUGACCCAGGACGACCUGCCGGUGCAGUCUGACGUCGGGGACUCGAGCUGCGUGGGCCACGCCACGCAGGCCGGUACCGUCGGCGACGACGCGGGCGUGGCGCGGCCUUCAGGCUCCAGCACGCCGUGCGAGGCGCUGCCCGAGCGGCCCCGCGUUGCCCCUGGCGAGCUGCUGUGGCCGCCGCCAGGCUGCCCUGCCGCGGAGUUGGGGCCGCCGCCCAGCAUCCCAAAUGCCGCCUUGCCAGCGUCCGCGCGCCGAGGCGGGCGGCGGCCCGAGAGGAAGCCGCCGACCCCGGAGCAGCUCGCGGGCCGCGUCGCGAAAAAGUUCGUGUCGGACCUCGUGGGCACCUGCGCGGCCCUCGUGUGCUGGUUCGAGCAGCUGCAGGGCUGCGAGCCUGCAGCACCGCCUGCAGGGGGGCGCCAGCCCUCCGACCAGCAGCAGCAGGGCCGCGCGCCUGCCGCGCUGGCGGUGGAGCAGCAGCCCUUCGGCCUCGACGUGGCUCGCCCCGCCAGCCCGUGCGCCAGCCCGUGCGCCCGCCCGCCGCUGCUCGGGCGCCCCCCGCCGCGCAGCGCCGCCGUGCAGGCGCGGGGCGCGAGGGGCCGCCCGCGUCGCCCGCGCUCCGCCUGCGGCGGGCCCGCGGCGCCGCCGCCCGAGGCGCGCGGCGCGCAGGGCCGCCCGCGCCGGCCGUGCUCCGCUGGUGCCGGGACCGGCGCGGCGAUCGCGAGGGAGCCGCCGUGCAGCCCGCACGCGCCAGCCGCGCCCGCGACGGCGCGGCCGCCCGGCGCCGUGCGCCCCCACCGCUUCACCGCCGAGGAGCUGCAGCUGGCGCUGGCGCCGGAGCCGCCUCUGCGCGGGGGCGCGGCGGCGCUGGAGGACGCCCCAACGGGCGGCCUGUGCGCGGCGAGCAGGCGCGCGGAGGCGUGCAGCCAGGCCCGGAUGCACAUGCCGAACCCUUCGCCGUGGUGCCACGAGGAGGACACGGAGCAUGCGCGGCUCCUGCGGCUGGUCACGCGGCAGCGGCGGCCGAGCCCCGCCGUCGACAGGGGCAGCGCCCUCGUCGCAGUGGUGCCCGCCCAGCGGCCGGCCGUGCCGGCGCCGCCCGCGGCGCCGCAGAGUGCGCCUGUGUGCCAGAAGCCGAAGCCGCCGUCCCGGCGGGCGGUCGUGCUGCAGGAGGCCAAGGCCCAGUCCAGGGCGGCCGCGAGGCGCUACCAGGCGAGGGCGAGGAGGCGCCUGGAGCACCUCCCGCCCGGGGCCCUGCAGCUGCUGGACUUCUUCCGGCAGGGGGCCGACGCGCCGGCGCCGCCCGGGGGCGAGGCAGGGCCGCCCGCGGCGCCCGGCUCCGCCCGGCCGUCCCUGGCGCAGACGCCGGGCUCCAAGAGCCCCACGAAGCGCAGGAGCCGGCGGAGCGUCCGCUGGGGCAGCCCGCACGCGGGCUCGGGGAGCCCGGGGAGCUUCGAGGGGUCCACGUCGGACAGGGACGACGGGCGGGCGAGCCCGGACGCCGAUGGGACAUCGAGCGCGUUCGGCGAGUUCCGGGGGAGGCUCGCGUUCUCGCAGGCGGCGGUGCAGGCAAGGGGCGACAGCGAGAAGUGCUUCGCGUACACCCUGCCGCGGCUGGCCAGCGAACUGAACAUGGACUUCCACGAGGUGCAGACGCUCAAGGACGUGUUCGACAGCCUCGACGUCGACGGGGGCGGCGAGCUGGAGUUCCCCGAGUUCGAGCAGGCCGUACUGGCGAUAUGCCGGCAGCUCGGGAGCUCGGUGCCAGAGGACAGGCUGAAGAAGGUGGCCGAGAUGUGGCACGAUGGCGACGAGGACGGGGACGGCAAGAUCGAUUUCCCGGAGUUUGUGCGCUGGUUCUCGUCCAACGGCUUCAACGAGGGCCUGCUGCUCUCCAACGAGCAGCUCAGGCUCCGCGAGAUCGCGCGGGAAAUGGGGGUGAGCUCGGAAUAUGUCGAGAGCAUCAGGGCAAUGUUCGCAGAGUUCGUGGACGGGUCUGGACAGUGCAAUUUCGAGGCCUUCAAGAAAAUCAUCCACAAGGCCAUGCGCGUGCCGAUGGACGCCGGGCUGCCGGAGAGCCGCCUGCGGUACUUUUGGAACGAGCUCGACAUGGACGGCUCGGGUACGGCCACCUUCCGUGAGUUCCUCGUCUGGACAAAAUACUUCAGCCCGGCCAAGGGGGGGCAGCCCCCCAGCAUCGACUUCUUCCUGGGCUUCUACCGGGGCAUCCGGUCGCUGCACGCGGCCAAGCUGGACCCGCCCCCGUAUCUGGUCACCACCAACAUGUCGAUGGCCCACCGCGAGCUGGAGAACCUGAUCCCCGGGGCCGCGGCGCCCGCCGCGGUGUCCAGCAGGGUGGCUGCCGGGGGCGCGGCGCCACGCCGCGGCAAGGCCGAGUACACGGGCGGCCUGGUGCUGGAGCCGAAGGUGGGCCUAUACGAUGACUUCGUGAUGCUCCUCGACUUCAACAGCCUGUACCCGUCCAUCAUCCAGGAGCACAACAUCUGCUUCACCACCGUCGAGAGCCUUCUUGUUCCGUACCCGCAGCUGCUCGGCAGAGGUUGCGAGCAGAACAUGCCGGCGACGAAGCUGGUUGUGGCGGCGUGCGUUUCGGUCUUUUCGGUGGGCAGAAGUCUCCCGAAGACGUGCAGCGCGUACAAUGAGUGCGGGCAUCUUCUCGGUGACUGCUGCCCCAACAAGGACGGCGUGAUGCUCGACUGCUGCAUCCUGGGGGCCGUGCGCAUGAGCGCGGAGGCACUGGAGGACGCCGCGAACAAGACGAAGGCACGCGCCGCAGAGGUGUCCAAGGAGGCCGACGAGGCUGCAGCCAGGGCCGCAGCGCUGGAGAAGGAGGCGGAGGAGAAGAAGGCGGCGGUGAAGGAGGCGCACGAGGCGUACGCGGAGGCGGAGCACGCCGCAGAGGACGCCAAGGCCGAGUACGCGAAGACGUCGAAGCUGAUCUCCGAGUCCAAGUGCGAGAACAACCCGGCGUGCGACGAGGCGGGCCUCACAGGCUUCUGCUGCCCCACGCUGGUCGGCAUGGCGCUCAACGGCACGAUGCUCGGGUGCUGCGGCGGGGGCGGCGGCGCCCCCGCGCGGGCGGCCGCCGCACUCCCGGGGGAGCCCCUCGCCGCCGUCUCCCUGGCGUCCGAGGCCCAGGACCUCCCGAAGACGUGCAGCGCGUACGACGAGUGCGGGGCUCUCCAGGGCGACUGCUGCCCCAACGCUGAGGGCGUGAUGCUGAGCUGCUGCAUCCUGGGGGCCGUCCGCAUGGAAGCGGAGGCGAAGGAGGCGGCCGCGAACAAGACGAAGGCCGCGUACGAGAAGGCGGAGCACGACGCGGAGGAGGCCAAGGCCGAGUACGCCGAGACCGCGAAGCUGAUCACCGAGGCCAAGUGCGAGAACCACCCGGCGUGCGUCAAGGCGGGCGUCACAGGCUUCUGUUGUCCCACGUUGGUCGGCAUGGCGCUCAACGGCACGAUGCUCGGGUGCUGCGGCGGUGGCGGCGAUGCUUCCGCGCAGCUCGCCGCCCUCCCCGAGGAUAGGGGAACAGACAGCUGGCCAGGCUCUUGCCCCUCGCCGCCGCCGCCGCGGCCGCGGCCGGAGCGGCCGCGCUCGCGGCGGGGGCCCGCCGCUGCCGCGGGGAGGCUCAUGCGGACGGCUACGUCUUCACCGCAGCCUGAGCGGGCGGCACGAGCUCGCCUUGAAACGGGUCCCGAUGUCGACGAGCAAAAAUUGCAAGAGCAUGCAUUUUCGGAGCUCUGCGCGGAUUUUUCUUGGAUCAGCGCUGGGCCCCGCUUGGGGGGUUCAGCGCUGGAGGCGCCGCCGCCGGGGUCAGCGCCGCUCCGAUAA